AUGGCUUCCACUGGUGCAUCGAACGGCACUGUGCCGCCUACCAGUCUGACUCGACUGGCUGCGAGACGCAUACAGUCGAUUGCGGAAGGGCAAAUCUCUCCGACGUUACGGCAAAAGGUGGUUGUAUGCCUGAUUGACUACAUUGCCGCAGCUCAUUCAGGACUUUCGACCCCAUGGGGCGAGGCGUUGAUUAAAUAUGCCACCGCUCAAUCUGGUUCACCGGAGGCUCAGGUAUGGGGGACCAAGACCAAAGUCUCCGCUGAGACGGCAGCCUUUGUCAAUGCCGCGCUGGGUCACAGCACUAUCCGAGAUGACAUGCAUCUCGAUUCUUGUUCUCACAUCGGCUCCAUCGUCCUCUCUGCCGCCAUCGCUCUUUCCCAGCGACAUCACUGGUCUGGUGAGAAGUUGAUCAGAGCGAUCGUGGCAGGAUAUGAGAUGUCGGCUCUUCUGGGCACCGCCAUACGCGCAAGUGGCAAAUUCAACCCUCACUUCCGCCCCAGCGGGCUGGUGGGAGCUUUUGGUGCCGCCGCCGCUGCAAUCGCCGGUGGGAGCUGCAGCGAGGAAAUCGCUGUCAGCGCAUUGGGUUUUGCUUUGAAUGCAGCAUGUGGUGUGAACGAAUGGGCCUGGGCUGGAGGUUUGGAGAUCUUCACUCAAAUGGGCACGGCAAGUCGCGCGGGCAUCCAGGCAUUUGACCUUGCCAAAACCGGAAUGUUCUGCAGUGAUACGGUACUGGAAGGAAAAGAUGGCCUUUUUGAAGCGCUGGGUGUUGGUUCUUCAGACGCUAGUGUGACCUUCAAAGAUUGGAUCAGCCGCUCUGAAAUCGGCCAGGGCAUCAUGGAUGUUCACUUCAAACCUGUCGCCGGGUGUAACUUUGCCCAAACUCCACUGGCUGCGGCGCUGAGGUUGCGUCUGGAUGACCCUCAGUCCGUUCAAAUGAUCACCAUUGUUGCCACAUCACAAGCCAUCAAGUACCCCGGGUGUAACAAUGCUGGGCAACUGGAGAAUAUCCAACAGAGUAAGAUGAGCAUUCAGUAUGGCGUAUCUGCAGCACUGGUUUACGGUCGGCUCGACGAAGAGGUCUUCACCAAGGUCGACGACCCGCGCAUCAUGGAUUUGAUGAGUAAAUGCGAGCUAUUGACCAACGAGCAAUUCAAUAUAGACUUCCAAAGAGGCCUACAGCCCGCCAAAGUUGAGGUCAGGCUGGCGGAUGGGCGUCUUGUAGAACAGCAUUUGCCUGACGUUCCCUGGCUGACUUUCGAGGAAGUGGAAUCACGCUUUCCCUUUGAAGUGGCCAAGUUUAUGAGCAAGGAAAAAGCAGCAGAGAUGAUUGCCUCUCUGAAGCUCUUGGGGAACAGCGGACAAGUUGCAGAUGCUUCUGAACUCUUUGCCGCGGCUGCGAUCUGA